AAAUGACGUAAUAAGUGUUAGAAAGCGCGCGAUGUUGGGGUGUUCGGUGUUGCCCGGUUUCUUUAAAUUGAGUUCUUAGUGGGUUAUCCAGUGGUAGUUGUAAUGGUGAAUGUUACUUUGAAUAGCUAAUCUAGUGUUGUAUACGUACGUAUAUACCAUUGUUUUUUUUUUUUUGCUUGUGCUGCUUUUCUUCCAGUUAGUACCAAUUUUCUGUUACUACGGUGAAUGAGUGGCAGUUGGAGAAACGAAACCGUAAAACUAAUGCUACAGUAAUAUAACAUUAUACAGAUGCGAUUUAAAACUAAGAAUCGGUGGUGAUUAACGACUUGUUUCGACUGGAGGAGCGUGUACCCAUAAAAGAAGUCGUCUUGUAAUGUCCGUGUGCCCAGAUACAGCAUCCAUUCCUCCCUUGGGAAAAGGGGACAAUCUUCAUCAGCAAGUCUUGGCUUCCUUCCCACUAUGCCAACUGACAGAAGAGGACCUCGCUCAGAACCCGCUUUUCUGUAACCUCUUGGUGGCGCUGUCUAAUCAUGUGGACCACACCGGGCUGACAGUGGCCCUGAAGAAAGAUCUGGAAAAGACUGACAGAGACCUCCAAGCACAGAGACUGAGCUGGCUGCAGUCAGAGAGCCUGUACCGGCUGCUGCAGGAGAUGAUCCAAGACCACUGUGUCAGAAAACACCGCAGUGGCACCUCAUCAGAGGAUGACAAGUUCUAUGACACCCUGGAGCGCUGUCUUCUGGUGGCCCAGUGUGUGAGGCAGCUAGACCCCAGCAGUAGCACGACCCAGGACCAGCCUCUCCUGUUGGGACUGUCUGCUCAGCACGUGCUGGACCUCAUGCCCCCUGAGCAGGAUGUGCGUCGAAUGAAGCAGAGACUGCUGAUGGAGCUGGAAGGGCAUUUGAAAAAGAAGUGUUUUAACAUUCUUGCAUACUACCAGCCCGAUUGGGAGGACGAGAGUGAGGGCCUGAAAAACUCGAAGUUGUCGCGGCUGCCAGAGAACCUUGAGAGCGAAAGCAAGAGAGCAGAUGCCUUGAAGGAGAAGGCCAGGGAUAGCGCCGCCCAGCUGCAGCGGCAGACUCACUGCUAUCUCUCCGAGGUGAUGGGCUGCAUCCAGAUCUUACAGUCACUCAUACUGGAUUAUCGGCUGAAAGCCCAGAGAGAGCUGGACAGGAAGAAAGUGGAGUAUCUGGAAGCUAAGUGCCAGAUAGUGUGCUGUAAGAUCAGAGCCGAGAUGCUGCGGCUUCAGGUAGAUACCUACACAACAGAGAAAAUAAGCGCCCACCGCGUAAUCAGGAACAAGCUGGACACGGAGCUGAAGGCCAUCCGGGCUGAGAAGCAGACGGCGGAGUCCACGCUGUCAUCCUUCGAGAUCCUGGGCCAGGAGUUCGAGGCUUUGGUGGAGCAGUACUCACAGCUCCGGCUAGAGAUCGAGAACAAGCGCUGGGCCCUAAAGGAGUUCUCCAGGCACAGUCACUGAAAGAACUGCUCUGCACCUGGACUGAAAUGAAUGCACCCGCUUUUUGUGCUGACAUAAAUAUGGCAUGUGCUGUGUAGAUAUACCUUUGUUUGUGUUGUUGUCACUGCUAUAAAUGUGUAGUGCUAGGUUUCUAGGCAACUAGUGACUUAAUUUCAUACUGACUGAAUGAUUUGCAUGUUUUUCUUGAAAAUAAAGGAGGCUGUCUUCAUUA